AUGCAUCUGGAACUACGGCUGGUAGGGGAGGCGGACUUCCCGGAGUUAAUCACAGCGUUAUGGGAAGCCUACGAGGAGCCUCACCAGAAGUUCUUUCGCAUAUAUUGUCCUAUUUUCAAUAACGACCGGGGAAAGAGUCUUGCGGAUAGCAUCAAAUUCUUCCAGGAGGAGUACAGGAACGACUUCCCCGUCGCCCAGUGGGUAAAAGUUGUUGAUAAGGAUGCAAAUAAUAAGAUUGCCGGUGCAGCGCUAUGGAAAAUUCACCACACAAACCCGUACGAGGCUUAUAACGGAGAAAAGGCCGUUGCCGACUGGUAUCCAGAGGGUUCCAUGGAACGAGUGAUUGCAACACACUACCUCCGAGAUACGACUGCACCCCGCGCAAAGAAAGCCAGAAGACCCCAUGUUUUUCUGAAUAUUGCAUUUACGAUACCGUCAUAUCGUAAAUAUGGCGUUGGCUCUUUAUUCCUUAAAUGGGGGCUGGAUAAGGCCGAAGAGUUCAACUAUGAAUGCUGGCUUGAUGCGACUCCUUACGGGCGUCCAGUCUACGAGCGUCGCGGUUUCAUCACCACGGAUGCUUGGGAUGUAGACUGUCCUAUGCCCGAGGCCCUUUCGGAGGAGAAGCAGAAGGAAUUCAAGGAAGCUCGAGAACGGCUGCUGCCCGUAGAGAACGCUUGUAUGUGGCGACCAAAGGGUGGCGUAUACAUAGAGGGGGUCACCGAGAAGCCAUGGGAAACGAAUCAGGAGGAUUGA